UUGAAAACCCCAAAGCCCAAAAUUUUUGAAGCAGAAUCAGAAAGUAUUUCACACAAGAACGCACACUCCGGAAAGACACGAAGAUAUAGCAAUGGGCGGCUCGGCAGUGCAGGUCAUCAAUGCAUCCGAGGAGCACACAUUUGUGCUCAACGAGGAUGCGCUCAGCGAGGUGCUGAUGCGGGAGGAGGUCAAGGAUCGCUUCGUGUGCGUGGUGUCUGUGGCGGGCGCCUUCCGCAAGGGCAAGAGCUUUCUGCUGGACUUCUUUCUGCGAUACAUGUACUCAAAGUAUGUACGCCACGAUGUGACAGACUGGCUGGGAGAUGAGGCGGAGCCGUUGUCGGGCUUCUCGUGGCGCGGCGGCUCAGAGCGCGACACCACCGGCAUCCUGAUGUGGUCCGACAUAUUCCUGCACGACUAUACCAAUGGCGAUAAGAUCGCCAUCAUUCUGCUGGACACGCAGGGAGCCUUCGACAGCCAGAGCACAGUGCGAGACUGCGCCACGGUGUUCGCGCUGAGCACAAUGCUGUCGUCGGUGCAGAUAUACAAUCUCUCACAGAACAUACAGGAGGACGACCUGCAGCAUCUGCAGCUGUUCACCGAGUACGGCCGCCUGGCGCUGGCCGACACCGGCAAGAAGCCAUUCCAGCGCCUGCAGUUCCUGGUCCGCGACUGGAGUUUCCCCUACGAGGCGGAGUACGGUGCACUGGGAGGAGACAAGAUACUCAAACGCCGGCUGGAGGUGUCCGACAAGCAGCAUCCGGAGCUACAGUCGCUGCGGCGCCACAUCUCCUCGUGCUUCACCGAGGUGGCCUGCUUCCUGAUGCCACAUCCGGGCCUAAAUGUGGCCACCAAUCCAAAGUUCGAUGGCCGACUCACUGACAUCACGCCCGAGUUCAAGAACAGUCUGCGCACCCUGGUACCCAUGCUGCUGGCACCGGACAAUCUGGUCUACAAGGAAAUCAGCGGUCAGCGGGUGCGGGCCCGCGAUCUCAUCCAGUACUUCCAGUCGUACAUGAACAUCUAUAAAGGCAACGAGCUGCCGGAGCCAAAGAGCAUGCUGGUGGCCACGGCCGAGGCCAAUCAUCUGACUGCUGUGGCCGCCGCCAAGGAGCUGUACCAGCAGCUCAUGGAGGAGGUAUGCGGCGGCACGCGGCCGUACUUAAGCACUGCCCACCUGGAGACGGAGCACAUACGGGUCAAGGACAAGGCCCUGUUCCAGUUUGCCACCAAGCGCAAAAUGGGCGGCGAGGAGUUCACCGAGAAGUUCCGCGUGCAGCUGGACGAGGAUCUCGAGGAGGUGUUUGUCAACUACAAAGCGCACAACGAGAGCAAGAACAUUUUCAAGGCGGCCCGGACACCGGCCGUGUACUUUGCCUGUGCCGUCAUCAUGUACAUCCUCAGUGGUAUCUUUGGCCUCGUCGGCCUCUACACAUUUGCCAAUUUCUGCAAUCUGGUGAUGGGCGUAGCCCUGCUGACGCUUGCACUCUGGGCGUACAUCAGGUACAGCGGCGAGUUGAGCGAUUUCGGUGGCAAAUUGGAUGAGUUUGCCACGCUCAUGUGGGAGAAGUUCAUGCGACCCAUCUAUCAUGGAUGCAUGGAGUCGGGCAUCCAUCAUGUGGCCACCCAUGCCACCGAGCUGGCUACGGGAGGAGGCGGUGCUGCCGGCUAUCGCACCCAGUCAUCGGUGAAUGCCUCAAAUGGCAAGGUGAAGCGCUCAUGAGAAUACGCCCAAGCAUCGCAGCACAAAGCGCAGCAUCAGGCGACCAGCAGUAACAGCAACAACAACAAUAAUAAUAAUAAUAACAACAAUGUGGCAUACAAAUCAAGAAAAAAUAGCAACAAAAGUGGAGCUGAGUUCAUAGAGAGCAUUUGGCGCAGAUUUGGCAGCAGCAGCAGCUCCACGAGCACGAACACCCCGUCUCCCCCAACGGCCAUGGCCGCCCCGCCAACGGUCGCCUCUAGCAGCAACAACAACAGUCGCAAGAAACGAAAGCCGAAGCGCAACUAAGUGUCUGUCCAUUGGUGCGAAAGUCCCUUGCCGGAUUCCAACGUCUUUGUAUGAAAGGAAGGAAUCCGAAUCCGAAUCCGAGACCGAAUCCGAGUCCUCUCCCUGAGUUGUAUAAACCGAUACUUUAUAAAGUAGGAUGAAAGAAACACACGUCUAGUUAUUAAUUGCCCCUGAAAGGAACCUGUUUUUAUAUUGCAUUACUUGAAGUGUAGUUGGUCUAUACAUUACUUAUAGUUAAGCGUACAUAAGUGCAUCAUUAGUAAGUGGCUCGUAUCUGUUGAGAGAAAGUGAAAUUUUAAAUUGUUUUUUAUAUAUACUCGUACCAUACACGAUAUGCGUCUAUAAACGAACGGAUAUACGAAAUCUAACGCUGUAAUAUAAAAAAAAUCGCUAACGAA